UCGAUUUAUACAGAAGAUUUUAGAAUAUUUUUAAAAGCUUUUGUGGUCUCUCGCUUUGGUAUUGCUUCAAAAUUUAGGAUAGCAGUGAAAGUUGGUAAAAAGGAAAAGAACAUGUUUCGUAUGUCGAAUUUUGAUAAAAGCCUGGAAAGUGCUACCAGCAAUUUAAUCCUGGAACCGGACUGGCAGUCGAUAAUGGUUAUUUGCGAUGCCAUUCGUCAAGGUGACGUCACCCCCAAAUAUGCCAUACAGCAAUUGAAGAAAAAGAUGUUUUCAGCUAAUCCGCAUACGGCUCACUAUGCGCUGCUGGUUCUGGAAAGCGUAGUGAAAAACUGUGGUGCACCAGUUCAUGAUGAAAUUUCGAACAAGGCAAAUUGCGAAAUGUUUCAGAAUUUGGUGAAUAAUACACAGCACGAGGAGGUUCGCACCAAAAUGCUGGAGCUUAUACAGGCAUGGGCCUUCGCGUUUCGCUCAAUCUUCAAGUACCGUUCAAUACGGGACACAAUGAACAUACUGAAGAGCGAAGGCCAUAAGUUCCCGGAGUUGAAGGAAGCUGAUGCCAUGUUUACUUCUGAGAAUGCACCGGAUUGGGCUGAUGGCGAAGUGUGUCACCGUUGUCGGGUGCAGUUUACUUUCACCCAACGUAAACACCACUGUCGUCAUUGUGGACAAGUAUUUUGCCAGCAAUGCUCAGCUAAGACUAGCACUUUGCCCAAGUUUGGUAUCGAGAAAGAGGUGCGUGUAUGUGACGGUUGCCACGCGCAUUUGCAGCGUCCAACAGCGGCCACUCUGACCAAGAAACCGACCGAAGAAGAAGAUUUGCCGGCUGAGUACCUAAGUAGCUCCUUAGCGCAACAAGCGCAAGCUCCAGCGCGCAAAACCGACGAAGAACUUCGUGAGGAGGAAGAGCUGCAGCUUGCGUUAGCCCUUAGUCAGUCAGAGGCGGAAACAAAGAAAGCGGCUUCGGCGGCAGCCAACAGAAGAUCUUUUCACAAGUCACCCAGUCCAGAACCAAUUCGGGCGCAACGCAGCCCAAGUCCGGUUGAGGAGAUUACUUCUGAUCCGGAGUUGGCACGUUAUCUGAAUCGAAAUUACUGGGAACAGCGUCAGAUGGCAGAUUCUCCUGCUUCUCCUUCGGCGCCGAGUCCUAUGCCAAGUCCAAUGCCGCUGUCUAAUAGCCAACUAUUGGCUAAAGUUGGUCAAGGCGAUGAUGCGGAGCUCAAUGAAUUUGCACACUCCAUGAAAACCCAGGUGGAGAUUUUUGUUAACAGAAUGAAAUCUAAUUCCAGCCGAGGACGGAGCAUUUCGACGGACAGUUCAGUUCAGACAUUGUUUAUGAAUUUGACUUCGUUGCACUCGCGUUUACUGACUUUUAUUAAAGAUAUGGACGACAAACGGAUGUGGUAUGAACAUCUUCAAGAUAAGUUGACCCAAAUUAAGGAUUCUCGUGCUGCCCUAGAUGUGUUGCGCCAGGAACAUCAAGAAAAAUUACGUCGGCUUGCGGAAGAACAAGAACGUCAAAAACAGCUGCAAAUGGCCCAAAAGUUGGAAAUUAUGCGUAAGAAAAAACAAGAAUAUUUGCAAUAUCAGCGGCAACUAGCGUUGCAGAGAAUUCAAGAGCAAGAAAGAGAAAUGCAGAUGCGCCAAGAGCAACAGAAAGCACAAUAUCGCAUGGGAACUGCAUUUCCAUUUAUGGGACCCACGGCCACAGGUCAACCACAGGGUUCGCCAGUACAUGCUGGAGUUGCUGGCUAUCCUGGCUAUGGCUAUCAGCAAAUGCCAGGUAGCGGAACUCUUCCGCAUUAUGGUCCACCACAAGGAAUUACACCGCAAAUGGGUUCGCAACUAUUUUCCCCACAGCAUGGUCCACAAGCCGGCAUAGGCAGCCAGUAUAUGGGUUCUGGAAUAUCGCAAGGCCCUCCUGGUUCCGAAGCCGGCUCCAAUGCAGCACAACAACAAACAGUUGGUCCACCAGGAUCGGCCCCGCAGCAGCUUGUUCCACCAGGUGCCAUGAUGCCUCCUCCUGGAGUAAACAUGAUGCCGGGACAGGUUCCUCAGCCCGCAGUCAUGCCAUUGGCAGGAGCUCCUAUGAUGGGAGCUCCUCCCAAUGUUACACAGCCACAACAAACGUUGCCAAUGAAUCCGGGAGCUCCUAUGGCACCAACACCGCAACAACAAGUGGGUAGUGAGCCUCAGCAGCAGUCGAUUACACCGCAGCCGCCGCCGCCGCAACAACAACAACAACCACAACCAGUUGCACAGGCUCCGAUCCAGCCUCCACAGGCUCCACCGGUUCACCCACCAUCUUCGGAAGUAGCGCCAACAGCACCGGAACCAGCAACUGCUGAAUUGAUAAGUUUUGAUUGAGAAGUCAAAAGGUAAAAAUUUGAAGAAAAAGCAAAUGUUUAGCUGUGUAGUUCAUGCAGCUGGAGUAGUUUAUUCCGUACUAUCGAUAUUUUUAGAUGAUCAUAUAAUAGUUUCUCAACAAAAAAUUUAAUUACUCACAUACGAAAUACAAUAACCUGCAAACUUAAGCUAUAUUGCAAUAUUGGCCCUAUAAAAAUCAUUUUGAGUUUCGCUCACCUUUUAUGACCAUCUUUCAAAUAUAUGAUAUUCAAAGAAGUAUUUCGUUUUCGUUCAAAAUAUUUGUGGUAUAUGUUCUACUAUAAUCAGUAAAAGGAUAAAGGCAUAUAUUUAAAAUA